AUGAAGUUCACGCUCGUCGCCCUCACCGCCGCCACGGCCGCCCUCGCACCAGUUCUCGCAGUGCCAGCUCGGCUGUGCGGCCGAGAAGGCUCAGGAGAUCUGCAAGACCUCAGACUGGAACAACACCGACUGCCUGUGCACUGCCGACUUCCAGCAGUCCGUCAAGGUGUGCCUGAGAAGGGCGUCGAGAUCAAGAACGCGACCAAGAACUGGAGCAAGGCCAACAACGGCGGCGACGGACCCAACACGGCCCCCGUCGAGGGGAACGGGAACGGAAACCCGACUACCAGCGCUGCUGCCGCCGCGGCGGAGACUAAGAAGGACGGUGGGGCCACGCACGCCUCUGUCGGAGCUGCUGCGCUUCUCGUCGUCGGCGCUGUCGCUGCUGCCCUCUAA